AUGAAAUUGAAGCUUGAAACAAUCAAAUCUGCUAUAGAAAAGCUUCAGAAUUCGAAUUUAUCGACUGUGAAUGAGCUCAGGAAGGAAAUAGCUUCCCUUGAUGAAAGAAUACGAAAAAGAAAGGCAGAAAAAUCGGAGGAGCUCGAAACAGCGCAGAAAGAACUCGUCACCAAAACAAUGAUUCUUCAAAAACGAAACGAAAAUAUUCAAGAACAGAACAGAAGAAAAAUUGACGAGCAAAAACAGCUUCAAAAGAAGUUUCUCGAAGACAAAGAAGAAAUUCUUGCAAAAAUAAAUUCUCUCAAUCAAAAAGCAAGGAAUAGGGCUAAAGAACCUGUGUUUAAAAUCUGA